UUAAAAUUUUUUAAUUUAUUUUCUCACUUUUAAAGCAUUCCUGGUGUAAGAUUGACAGCAUCUAUAUUCCAGAAACCAUGAGCUCCGCUCAGCACGGCUCAAUGAGCCGGUCAAACCCGUCUGGUCAGCACUCAACCCGACCCGGUCAUCCUAGUAGUUCCCAGCAGGCGCAGCGGGCAGCACAUCCCCCUUCACAGGCAACUAUGCAACAAGCAGCUCAGGAUCGGGAUCGGUAUAUCGAGAAGUAUGAUUUCCCGUACUGCGCUAAGGUUGACAAAUAUGAAAAACUUGCCAAAAUUGGCCAGGGAACCUUUGGAGAGGUUUUCAAGGCUCGUUGUAAAACUGACAAGAACAAGAUCGUUGCUCUCAAGAAGGUUCUGAUGGAAAACGAGAAGGAGGGGUUCCCCAUUACCGCCCUAAGAGAGAUCAGAAUAUUGCAGCUCCUCAAUCAUGAGAACAUUGUAAAUCUUAUAGAAAUUUGCCGGCAGUAUAGUCGACAUAAGACGACAUUCUACCUUGUCUUUGAUUUUGCUGAACAUGACUUGGCCGGCCUGCUUUCCAAUAUAAACGUUAAAUUUUCAUUAGGAGACAUUAAAAAGGUGAUGCAGCAGAUGUUUGAAGGUCUUUUCUUUAUUCAUAAUAACAAAAUAAUACACAGGGAUAUGAAGGCUGCGAAUAUUUUGAUAACAAGACAAGGAAUACUAAAACUGGCAGAUUUUGGAUUAGCAAGAGCAAUAUCAAUCAACAAACAAGGACAAGCUAACAGGUACACUAACCGUGUGGUAACCCUGUGGUACCGUCCGCCUGAACUACUACUAGGAGAGAGGAACUAUGGUCCUGCUGUGGAUAUGUGGGGAGCUGGCUGUAUAAUGGCUGAGAUGUGGACCAGGGUACCAAUACUUCAGGGUAACACUGAGCAGCAUCAGAUCACCCUGAUCGCUCAGCUGUGCGGGAACAUCACCCCUGACGUGUGGGAGGGGGUUGACAAACUAGAACUCUAUAAUAAGAUGGAAAUACCGAAGGGUAAGCGACGUGUGAAGGAGCGACUGCGACCGUAUCUGAAGGAUCCCUACGCCUGCGACCUGAUUGACAAACUACUCUCCCUCGACCCUGCUAAACGACACAAUGCCGACGAGGCCUUAAAUCAUGAUUUCUUCUGGACAGACCCGAUGCCACAGAGCCUGGAGAAGAUGCUGUCUGCGCACAAUCAAAGUAUGUUUGAAUACCUGACCCCUCGUGGACCUCAUAGAGGAGGUCGACCUCAUGUUAUGCAGCCCGCGGCGGUAGCAGGACAACAGAAACCAGCGCACACAGAGGGGUACAUGGAUAGGGUCUUCUAAAUCAUGUAGCGUUGAUAUUACUGAAGAGAAUCACAAAAUUUCCCUGCUUACUGUACACUGUGGAUAUCUAACACUGUAUCAUUAAUGUAAAAUUGUUCAAACAUAAAAACUGAAAAGUUUAAUUGUUGAUUUUGUUCUCUGUAAUAUCUAAUAUAGCUUGUGAUUUUAUCAUCCAAGGUUACAUUCAGAAAUAUCCAUCUCACUAGUUCAUAAAAAAUCAUUCUUUCAGUAUAAAUGUCAAUUUUUUACAUCAA